AUGGCAGCAGCUAUCCUCAUUUUGAUCGAACUGGCAAUCGUCUCGGCGAUUCCAGUUUCUAACCAUACCAGAGUUAGUCACAGUAACAGCAGUGCUGAUGGUUUCAGUGGAUGCUACCCAUGUGCCGACCCUGACUGUGGUGUCGCUGGAUCUUAUUGCCAAUGUGCUCAUGGUGAGCAGAAGAUUCUCGUAAACUAA